UGUGUGUAGACUGACUCACAUUUUGAUAAUGAGGCGCUCAGACAGGAAAUGCGCUCAUAUGGAAGCUAAUUGCUGCAAUCUUUACAAAUGUAAUGUGUGUAUGAGAAGAGCUGUGCAUCUCCCAUGGGUCCAUGCUUCUGUUGAUGGAGGCAGUAGAAGGUGUCAGAUGCAUCCUGGGAUUUGGAGUGUGGUAUCGUGGAAAAAGGAAGGGAAAAAAGAAAAGGAUGUAAAUUGCCAACUGUGGUCUAGUUUACACCUGAUCCACUUCCUGUCCAUUUUCUCCUCUUCCGGCGCCUCUGUCCUACAUGCUCUACCUUCCCUGAGGGUACACCCCCGCCACACACAGCCAUCCGUCUUUUUCAUGGGUCAUGUGACUUACUCACUCCCUCCCCUCCCCCUGGAGACCAGUCACACCCCCACAGAGGAACACUACACACAAACACAAACAGAGUGAGGAAGCAAAUGAAACCAGAGAGAGACGAGGCAAGCGCCUGUGAAGAGGUGGACAGCUGAGCACUACAUUGUACCAGAAGAAGAAGAGGGAGGAAGAGGAAGAGGGAGGUUCUCCCUGAAUGAAGGAAGAGCUCAGGGAGUUGUUUCGUCCUCGCCGCCAUGGAGCGAUACGAGGAAUGAGGGCGGAUGGUGAGAGCAGAAAGCAGCAGCAGCAGCAGUGGAGGAGGAGGUGGCGAGGAUGGAGGUGGUGUCGGCGGAAGUGUGGGUGGGGCCGGGCGGCGCGGGAGGAGCCGCCAACGCUCCCGGAGGCGGCGGCUGUCGGCCAACAAGAUGUCGCCCGGCGCCAAGAAGCUGGAGUGUUUCUCGCCCAUGUUGUGUCACUGCAAGGUGGCCUGCACCAACAGCGCCAUCUCUCUCAUGUUUGGAUGCAAGAAGUACCGGCACCAUGAUGAGGAGUCAUCCCCUCAGGAGGACCAGAGCUCUCCCCAGCUCACAGAGGAGGCGGGCGGCCCAGAGCUGGUCCAGGUGGCUGAAAAGAAUCUUUCCCAGAUUGAGAACGUGCAUGGCUACGUCACCCAUGCUCACAUCUCACCCAUGAAGGUGGCAUCUCUGGAGUGUGUCUUUGAUGGGUCAUCGUUAGGACACAACCACAUGGAGCUCCCCUCCCCAACAUUCUCCUCCCUCUACCCUCACAGAGAGGACAGCCCCCUCCCAUCCUGCUCCUCCAACCCCUACCCCCCGAUCCAGGCCAAUCCGCCCCCUGUGAUGGUGAACGCAGACAGUCUGGACACUCCCCCUUAUGUGAAUGGAACCGAGGCAGACUAUGAGUAUGAGGAGAUCACAUUGGAGAGGGGGAAUUCGGGUCUAGGCUUCAGCAUCGCGGGUGGCAUAGACAACCCCCACAUCGGUGAAGACCCCAGCAUCUUUAUCACCAAAGUCAUCCCGGGGGGCGCUGCUGCGCAAGAUGGACGGCUCAGGGUCAACGAUGUCAUCUUGCGUGUCAAUGAGGUUGAUGUUCGCGAUGUAACGCACAGUCGGGCCGUGGAGGCGCUAAAGGAGGCGGGUUCUCUAGUUCGACUGUAUGUACGCCGGAGGAAACCAGUCUCUGAGAAAGUGAUGGAGAUCAAACUGGUGAAAGGACCCAAAGGUCUGGGCUUCAGUAUAGCGGGCGGAGUGGGAAACCAGCACAUCCCAGGCGACAACAGCAUCUACGUGACCAAGAUCAUUGAGAGUGGAGCCGCCCAUAAAGAUGGCCGACUGCAGAUUGGAGACAAGCUUCUUGCUGUGAACAGUAGUUGUCUAGAGGAAGUUAGUCACGAGCACGCCGUCACUGCCUUGAAGAACACUCCUGACGUGGUCUACUUGAAAGUGGCCAAACCCAACAGUGUCUUCAUCAAUGAUACCUUCGGCCCUCCAGACCUCACCAACUCGUUCUCACAGCAUCUGGAGAACCAUAUCACUCCCCCUAACUUUCUGACUCAGCCCCUCCCUCUGCCGGCCUCAUCUGGACGCUACUCGCCGACGCCCAAGAGCAUGCUAGGAGAUGACGACGUCUCACGGUAUGAAAUGGAGCCCAGGAAGGUGGUGCUGCAUCGUGGCGCCACAGGUCUAGGCUUCAACAUUGUUGGUGGCGAGGACGGCGAGGGCAUCUUCAUCUCCUUCAUCCUGGCUGGCGGACCCGCAGACCUUUGUGGAGAGCUGAGGAAAGGAGACCGCCUGGUUUCCGUCAAUGGCGUGGACCUCCGCAGCGCCACGCACGAGCAGGCCGCCGCCGCCCUGAAGAAUGCUGGCCAGACAGUAGUCAUCAUGGCCCACUACAGGCCUGAGGAGUACAGUCGCUUUGAGGCCAAGAUCCACGACCUGAGGGAGCAGAUGAUGAACAGCAGCAUCAGUUCUGGUUCAGGGUCCCUGCGGACCAGCCAGAAGAGGUCCCUGUACGUCAGAGCCCUCUUCGACUACGACAAGACGCGGGACUCGGGUCUUCCCAGUCAAGGUCUGGACUUCAAGUUCGGAGACAUUCUUCACGUGGUCAAUGCCUCCGACGACGAGUGGUGGCAGGCCCGGCAGAUGACGGCUCAUGGCGAGGCAGAGGAUGUGGGCGUGAUCCCCAGCAAGAGAAGAGUGGAGAAGAAGGAGCGAGCGCGGUUGAAGACAGUCAAGUUCAACCCAAAGUCCCGUGAGCGAGGGUCGCUCAGUGACAAGCGUAAAAAGAGCGUCUUUCCCAGGACGUUCCUCUUCUACAAGAGUCGGGAGGCGAGCGAGCAGGAGAGCAGCGAUGUGGAGCAACACGUCACCUCAAACGCCAGUGAUAGUGAAAGUAGCUACCGUGGGCAGGAGGAGUGCGUCUUGUCGUAUGAAGCAGUCACUCAACAGGAAGUCAGCUAUGCACGGCCCGUCAUCGUCCUGGGGCCCAUGAAGGACCGCGUGAACGAUGACCUCAUUUCAGAGUUUCCUGACAAGUUCGGCUCGUGUGUUCCACGUGAGUCAAAGCAACAUUCUGCGCUUAUUUGUGCGUCAGCGUCUGAACGGCGCUUGUGUCUUUGGCCAUCAGACACGACGCGGCCCAAGCGGGACUACGAGGUGGACGGUCGGGAUUAUCACUUUGUGGUGUCCCGUGAGCAAAUGGAGAAGGACAUCCAGGAGCACAAGUUCAUCGAGGCGGGGCAGUACAACAACCACCUGUAUGGAACCAGCGUCCAGUCUGUCCGAGAGGUGGCCCAGAAGGGUAAACAUUGCAUCCUGGAUGUGUCUGGCAACGCUAUCAAGCGACUCCAGCUUGCUGCUCUUCAUCCCAUCGCCGUCUUCAUCAAGCCCAAGUCGGUGGAGAACAUUAUGGAGAUGAACAAGCGACUGACAGACGAUCAGAGCAGGAAGACGUUUGAGCGUGCAGCCAAGCUGGAGCACGAGUUCACCGAGCACUUCACAGCCAUUGUCCAGGGCGACACGCUGGAGGAGAUCUAUGAGCAGACCAAGCAGAUUAUCGAGGACCAAUCGGGUCCUUUCAUCUGGGUCCAGUCCAAGGAGAAAUUGUGAGCGCCGUCCACUUUUAUUUUGAAAAGUCCACCUGCCCUUCAACACUUCCCCACAUGGGACACUUGGGAAAACCCGGAAGACCUAAAAAGACUCCUCUUUUGUGUGUGGCCAUCACAAAAAGCAAAUGUUUGCACGUCAGAGCUUUAAGAGCGUGUCACCCCCCCCCCCCCAAUUCACACCUGUUCUUUUCAAAGCAGUCCUCUGCAGUCACUAGAGGGCGCUGUCCGCUUUUACUGCUCACAUUAACCCUUUAAUGAGGACAAAAGGAAGGAGGAGUGGUGGAAUUGAACAAUUUACUAUAACGUUUACUAAUGAGCUCUUCAAUGACUGUGGCUUUAUUGUUGCAGUGACCUACAGGUGGAUUCUCAGUGCAGGACAAGGAGAUUCUGAACGUGCUAAACUGCCUAUUUUGUUAUUAAAAAAAAAAAGUCUAUAUUGAAGUCAGCAUUAUCACUAAUCUUUUCUUUGAUCACUUCCUGUCUUUUUUAACCUAAUAAAAUCUGUUGAAUCUG